AUGGAAAGUCCUGAGUAUUGCGAGAUAAACUCAAAUACGACUCUCGACUACAUAAACCGACUGUUAAUGGAGGAGGGCACUGAUGAGAAGGCCAGCAUAUACCAACGACAUGAUGCACUUCAGGCCAUGGAGAAGCCAUUUUACGAUAUUCUUGGACAAGCAUACCCAUCUUCACCUAAGGAGACAAUGAUCAGUAGAGAUACCCAAGUAGAUUGUCCCCAAGACAAUUAUAGUGAACAGGCAUGCAGUGGUAGUUUUUUCACUGAUAUUCUUGGGCCACAAGGUAUGCACCUGGUAGCCAAUGACGGGGCUUCUGAAUGUGACCAUUUGUCUUUGCAAUUUGAGAGAGGUGCUGAGGAAGCAAAUAAGUUUGUCCCCAGUAUUGUGAAAUUGGUUGAUCUGGACAGUAAUGGCCUUCCUGAUUCCAAUCAAAUGAUAAAGGCAACAAUUGGACAAAAGGGCAAGCAUGUAAGCAAAAUACAGAGUCAUCCACAUGUGGACUUGGAGUUUUUGGAAGCAAGGAACAUUCCAUUUGAUGUUGCUCAUCUUAGAGAAAUUAAGGCAAAAGAAGCAAACAGCAGUUCACAGAAUGUUCGGAGAAAAGGAUAUGGCCAAGGGCAGAUGAAGUCACAAGGUAAGAAGAAAGAGGAGGGGAUUGACCUCAGGGCUCAUCUCAUGCAGUGUGCACAAGCAAUAGUAGUAAACAACCUUCCAUUUGCCAGUGAGCUACUGAAGAAGAUAAGGCAUCACGAUUCACCAUAUGGAGAUGGCUCUCAGAGGCUGGCACUUUACUUUGCAAUUGGUCUUGAGGCACGCUUGGCCGGGACAGGGAGUCAAAUGUAUCAGAAACUGAUGGAGAAACGAACAAGGGCCACAGACAUGUUAAAGGCCUACCGCCUUUUCAAUGCAGUGUGCCCUUUUGCUAGGGUGGCAUACUACUUCUCCAACCAAACAAUUGCUGACCUAUUGAACGGACGACCAAAGGUGCAUAUCAUUGAUUUUGGCAUCACACUCGGCUUUCAGUGGCCAUCAUUAAUCCAGCGCUUUGCGAAGCAAGAAGGUGGCCCCCCAAAGCUUCGUAUCACAGGAAUAGAUGUACCUCAGCCAGGUUUUCGCCCCCGUGCAAUAAUUGAGGCGACAGGAAAACGCUUGGCUGAAACAAAAUAUCUUGGUGAUGAGACAGAAGACAUAGAUAGUGCAAGAGAUAGGGUACUGUGUACCAUGAAGAGGAUCAACCCAGAGGUUCUCAUUCUUGGCAUUGCGAAUGGCAUGUACAGCUCCCCAUUCUUCCUGCCACGAUUCAGAGAGGUUUUGUUCCAUUAUUCUGCGCUGUUUGACAUGCUCGAUGCAACUGCUCUCCAGAGUGACGAAGAUAGGAUACAGAUAGAAAGGGAUCUGCUUGGGGCAAGUGCACUUAACGUUGUAGCGUGUGAGGGUGCAGAAAGGAUUGAGAGGCCAGAGACUUACAAACAGUGGCAAGUGAGAUGUCUCAAGGCUGGGUUCAAGCAACUUCCUGUUAAUAAAGCAAUCCUGAAGAGAUCAAUAGAUGAAAAAAACAAGCAUUAUCAUGAAGACUUUGUCAUCGACGAAGAUAGCAGAUGGCUGCUACAAGGAUGGAAGGGGAGGAUAAUGCAUGCAGUGUCCUCAUGGAAACCGAAAGAAUCAUACACAAAUCAGGAGAUUAACGGAGGUAUCCACCUUGUUGCCUGGGAAAAAAAGGGCAACGCGCUAAAGCAGUCCAUGCUUGACAUUGAAUGGUUUCCAAGGACAGGCGUGGACGAGAUCACACUCAACAGCUUUCUUGGAAAAGUGAUACAAUCAGGGAACACAGUUUGUGGCAUAAACUAA